AAUAAUGCACAUAACGAUUUAGUGCAUUUCACGGCCACUCACUUAUGGAAUUGCGUGAGUACAUUACAAAUCAUGUUCGUUAGGGUACAGAUUCUGAAUGUGCAAUUACAUGCAUAAGGGAAUGUAUGUAGACAACUCAAGUUGUAGUGUUUUAUACUAGCGACAUCGUUGCACUUCGAUUCAGUUUGAUCUUGUCCGUUUAUCCGACUCGACAUCAUGGCAACAUACAACGCCGACGCGAAACUCUGGACCGGUCCAGAGCUGCCCGGCGUGUUCAAUCCGGAAGCCAAUCUGGGCCAGAUUUAUAUGAACAUCCUCGCGAGAAGUCCAUCUAAAGUGAUUCAAAUCAACGCAGACACCGGAUACGAGAUGACCUGCGCGGAAAUGAAGCUGCGAAGCGUUCGCGUGGCGUUGAAUCUCCGGAAGCUGGGCUAUCGACCUGGAGAUUUGGUAACGCUGGCCUGCAUCAAUACAGACAAUGUGGUUCCUGUGUACGUGGGUUGCUUGACUCUGGGACUGGUAGUGAAUCCGUUGGCUCCGGUAUUCAACAAGGAUGAUCUGGCUCACAUGAUGCGACUGACGCAGUCGAAGGUCGUGUUCUGCGAUGAGAACAAUCGAGCUGUAGUGCAGGAAGCCGCAUACGAGGCCAUUCAUGUUAAGCCGAGGGUUUACGUGAUGGGAGCUGGAUCGAAAAGUGCUUUGUCGGUGGAAGAUCUGCUGGCUUCCGUGGAAGGUGAAGACAAUUUCGAAGCUCCUUACCUUGGGGACUCGAAAACCACCAUGGCAGCGAUCCUGUGUUCUUCGGGGACCACGGGUCGUCCAAAGGGGGUGUGCUACUCGCACUCUCACUUGAUCGAAGCUGAAGGUUUUGCUGAAACGUUGAAUGCUGGACCGAUUUUUAGCUUCAGCCAACUUUUUUGGUUAACCGGAGUUCUAUCGGUGCAUACCUCCUUACUGUGCACCCGACCGCGUAUCAUCACUACGCAAUCGUUCAACGCCGACGCCUUUUUCUCUAUAAUAGAGAACUACAAAGUUGAGGACACCUUCACUCCACCCGCGUGUAUAGAAGCUAUCCAGAAUCACCCAAGGUAUCGGAAGGCCAACUUCAGCAGUUUGAAGCGAUGGACCAUAGGAGGAGCUCCGGUCACUACGGAUAUCUUGGCUAGUCUCGGGAAACGUUUCCAAGGGACCGACGCAAAACCAAUCUACGGCUGUUCGGAAGUGGGUCUCAUCGUUUCAUCGAUGUUGCCCUUCACGAUGGGAUCCGUGAAAACGGCAAACGGCGCUAAUCAUGCAGCAUCACACUACUACUCUUUGAAGUCUGUGCCGUACUGCAGAUUAAGCAUGACAAUGAUAAAUUACGUUCAUUAG